CAUUUAUCUCUACCCCCUUAAGGAUUUGGGACCAUGGACACUCUGACACAGCGAGAGGCAAGCGACACAGCUUCGGCUAAAUGCAGAGCUAGAUGCCGGCGCUCGUGCAGCCAUAUCCGACAUGGAGACCUACUUGUGCGCCCCCCCUGCACGCCCGCCCACCACCAAGAGGCCUAGUGGCGGCAAGGUCAACGACGAUGUCGACAAAAACGAUCAUCUCAAAUGUCAUACCGAUGGACAUGCUGGCGGCCUUACUGCGAACGGUAGCACCGCAAGUAAUGUAGUACGGAUCGCCAAUGGGGCGAACAACAACAGCACCAAUGGCAACACAAGAGGGGCACCGUUUACGGCAGACAGCAAGAGAACAUCGCCCAUCCAACCUGGUCUAAAGGUCGUACCUCACUCGAUGAUGUCGGGAGUUGAGGGAGUUGAGGGAGGAAACGGAACAAGUUUAGCAAAAUCGCAACCUGGUCCUGCGGCACGAUCUGCGAUGGCAGUUUCGAGAACCCGAGGCGGUGGGGUGUGGGACACCGAUACCAACGAUACCAACAACUUCAGUUUCAACAUCGACCACGAAGAUGAUAGUGGUCAGCAUGGAGGAAGGAAAGAACACGGGCUCGUCGCGAUGGCCAGAGGCGACGCUGCGACGGCGGAAUCGCCGCUUUUCCGGCUGUCAGAGAGAGUGAAGGGGGCGGCAAGGGCGUCAGGAGAGCGCAGGAUGCUCAAGAAAGCUGCUAGCGGCUGCAACCUCUCCCCUCGCCCGGGAGACUACGCCAACAGGCACAGCGGCUCCUCAGAACCAAGACAUGAAGGAGGAAUUCCCUUGCGAUCUCAGCAGCAACAGCAACAGGUUGCAAGACCGUCCGGGGUGGGACCGGGCUCGUCACGGGGAGGAGGACGAGGGCAGCAGAACGCAGACUCAAAUGGAGGCGAGACCAGCAGGGGCGGAGCUGCCCAGGGUGCCCAAAACCAUACCGGAGGCGGCGUUCCGGCGGGAAUAGGGGAAGAAGCUACCUCAAGGUUCUUGAAAGCGAAACUGGCGGCAUGCCAAGCACAGCUGAAGGAGGUGCUGCAGGCGCAUCAGGCUAGCCAGCAGGAGACUGCGGAACUAAGGAGACAGUGUGCGUCGGAUCAAGAACAGACAAGGCGGACGGCUCGUCAACUACAGCAGUUGCAGCAAACUAGAUCAAAGGAGAGCAAAGCGAAGGAAGAGGAAGAAUUGAGCGUUGCUUCGCUCUCGGCGAGAGUAAACGAGCUGGAACAAGAGCUGGGAUCGUCUCGAAGGGCUGCAAGGCAGGCGGAGACCGUCAAGAAGUCACUAGAAGUACGGCUUCACCGGGCGCUCGAGGAGGUUUCUAAACAGAAGGAAGCCGUGCGCCAGACGAGGGGACAGCACAAGGACCUCGGCCAGGGGCAACGUCUGGAAAUGGCUCGACUAGAGGGACAUUGCCAGCGCUUGGAGAGGCAGAAGCUUGAGUUGCUGUCUGCAUUCAAGAAGCAGCUCAAGCUCAUUGACGUUUUGAAGCGCCAAAAGUUCCAUGUGGAGGCGGCUCGUCUGCUGGGUUUCACGGAGGAAGACUUCGUCAAGACUCUAGACUGGGAUUCCAAAUAAUCUGGACGAUGCGGAUGAUAUUAUCUAGGACCGGUGGAUUGGGUUCGGGGUUUCGCGUGGUCCGUGAGACCGGGGUGGCUAGACGGCAAUGGUGCAAGACCUAGCGGUUAGGGGGGGGGGUUCCAAUCCCGGCGAUGUGUGUUACUUUCAUAUUUAUGCGAGAAGAACGCACUUGUUCAUGAAAACUCUUCAUCGAAGGACCUGAUCCCCCUCUCGACUUAGGAAAUGAUAAGGGUACCCUCUGCCAAGAGGUUGGUCGACGUGCCCCGCGAUCGGAGCUCAUGAGUCGGGAAAGUAAGGCCGCAGGGAAGCUCUACAUCACGACCGACGGCUAAGGUGCAUUGGGGGUCGAAAGUACAAUUCAGGCUAACACCGAAUGCAGGGAAAUGGGAUCGCAUUCCAAAGCACAGACGUCAU